AUGAAAUUACAGCACUUGAUACAGUCUUAUGCUGAUAUGUCCGUAGGAAUGAUAAAGCAAAGAUGGUGCGCGUUUCUGUUUCUAUUUGUAGUAUUUGUGUGGAGAAUAAUUCUAACGGGUGGGUAUCGUUUGGUUGCCUAUUGCCUAUUUUUAUAUUUUCUCCACUGCUUUAUUGGGUUCUGUACGCCUGUUGACAGCGAAUUGCCAGACCCAUUCGACAUAGAGGAGGAAGAAACAGUUAUUUCUUCGCCAAUUAAAAAGAGUGGAGACGAGUCUAAGCCAUUUAUACGAAGACUUCCCGAGUUUGAGUACUGGCUGCAAUCAAUUAAAGCCUGUUUCGCUGGAAUAGUUAUGACAUUCUUCCCCGUAUUUAAUAUUCCUGUGUUCACUCCCAUACUGAUAAUAUACUUCUGCGGGUUGGUAUAUUUAACAGUCAUAAAAAUAAGGAAGCAUAUGGAAAAGUACAAAUACAAUCCAUUCUUUAAUGCUAAGAAGAUUUAUAAAGGUAUUGUAGAAAUGAAGUGAAUAUUCAUUGAAUAUGAAUAAAUUA